AUGGAUUCAGACACGGAUUCAGACACGGAUUCAGACACCGUCAUGGAUUGGGACAACACCAGGGGUCCAGCAUAUGAUGUGCGGGAGGAUUUUGGAAUGACGAUGAAAAAGCUUGCUGACAGGAUUUCUGAUGCGGCAGCGACCUGGGACCGCCAUUACGAGGGUGUUGAUAUUGAAGGUUUCCACCGGAACCUGUCUGUUCCGAUUCUAAGACCGCGGAUGCCGGGUAGAGUCUGCAAAGCUAAAGAAGAGUUAAUUGAUUCAGCAUUCAAGAUCAUUGAGCUAGCAGCUGGGCCAUCCGGGAUGAUAGCGAUCGCAAUAUCUCAGGUGAAUGCAAUUAUGAUUCCUAGGAACACAAGGAAAGCGAAGGAGCUUGCUAUGCCCGGUGCUAAUGUCAACUUGCAGGUCCAGUUUAUAUCCGCUAUUAAUUGGCUCCUCCAUUUCAAGAUAUUCGAUCGAAUUCCAGAGCGAGAUGUAAUGCCGUACGACUCCUUGGCUGACGAAGCCAAUGUUCCCGUUUCUGAGCUCAAGCAGAUGCUCCGAAUAGCAAUGGCAAACCAUGUUUUCUAUGAAGUGGACGGCAAAGCUGUUUGUCAUAACCGAUUUUCAUGGAAGCUUGCCAGAGACGGGGACGUCAUUCACGGUCUACCCUUUUUCUGCGACAUUAUUUUGCCGGCUAUAGAGAACAUGGUAGGUAGAACGACAAAAUGGCAGGUCUUCGGCUCUGAAAAGGACGACAAAACAGCUCGAAAUCUUGCUUUCGAUGAUGAUUUAGACUUUGACGAAUUUUUAGCUCAGACAGAAGAAACUCAUGGAUACACUCGUCUAAUGAGCCUAUUGAGCUCUGGUCGGAGUCUUCCGUCAACCUGUUUGGCAGAGGUGGCUCAUGGUACCAUUGACUGGUACUCUCUCAGAAAAGGAGCACUUAUUGUAGAUGUAAACAUCUAUUCCAUAGUAUUCGCCUUUUCAUUCGGUGGUAUGGGCAACAAGCUACUGACACAUGUUACACUUACAGCUCGACUCACGCAGUUCAUGUUCGUGGGAAUUGGCCGAGCUAUUUCCUCAUCUUCAAUUCCACGUUCAUGCGCCUCUGGACACAAUCAAUGA